AUGGAGCAUCAUGAGGAACGACAAGCCGAACCAUCAAGUGUCGAUGACUAUGAUAUCUCGCGGCCCAUCGCUUCAGAGUCUGGCCUUCGGCAAGGCUUGACGUCCUAUGGAGAUGCGCAUUUCUCGUUAUUCCUGAGAAAGGUUUUCAUCAAAUCCAUGGGAUACUCGGAGGACGCUCUUUCCAGACCCAUCAUCGGCAUCAUCAACACUUACUCGGGGUUCAACCCAUGCCACGCGAAUGUGCCACAGCUCAUCGAGGCUGUGAAGAGAGGCGUCCAGCUGAAUGGAGGACUGGCUAUAGAGUUCCCAACUAUCAGCGUGCACGAAUCCUUUGCGCACCCGACCAGUAUGUUCUUGCGGAAUUUGAUGAGCAUGGACACCGAGGAGAUGAUCCGGGCGCAGCCACUGGAUGCUUGUAUAAUGAUUGGAGGUUGUGAUAAGACAGUCCCUGCACAGCUGAUGGGCGGGAUCUCGGCCAACAAACCGAUAUUGCCUCUUGUCACUGGGCCGAUGCUCCCGGGGAGUCAUCGCGGCCAGAGAGUAGGGGCUUGUACUGAUUGUCGGAACAAUUGGGCUGCUUUUCGAGCGAACGAGAUAGACGUCGAGGAGAUAGCUGCCAUAAACGAGGAACUGGCUCCAACAAUAGGAACGUGUGGUGUUAUGGGGACUGCAAGCACAAUGGCUUGUAUUACCGCUGCUUUGGGUAUGAUGCCUCUCAAGGGUGCAUCGGCGCCUGCAGUGUCGUCUGCACGGCUCAGGAUCGCCGAAGAAACUGGCGCAAACGCUGUGGCUGUCGCAAAGGUCAAGCGGAAACCGCAAGAAAUCCUAUCAAAGGAAUCCUUCUUCAACGCAAUCACAGUGUUACAGGCAAUAGGCGGCUCGACCAAUGCCGUCGUACAUCUGCUUGCUAUCGCGAAUAGACAUCCGGCUCUUCAAGGAGUGAUCACACUAGACACAAUUGAGGAAAUCGGCCUCAAAACUCCUCUGCUGAUCGACCUGAAACCCAGUGGCGAUAAUUAUAUGAACGACUUUCAUCAAGCUGGAGGAAUGUUGGCGCUGCUGCACACUCUUCAUCCACUUCUUCAUCUUUCGGCACUGACCAUCACUGGCCAGACUCUGGGGGAAGUUUUGGACACUUCACGCUUUCGAGCUUUCGAGUAUUCCCUGUCGAUUAUACGACCUCUUUCGAAUCCCUUGUACAAAUCCUCGUCUCUGGUAGUCCUUUAUGGAAAUAUCGCUCCCAAUGGGGCAAUCAUGAAGGCUUCAGCGUCCAAGGACCGUUCUUUACUGUCACACACCGGCCCGGCAGUUGUAUUUGAAAACUCUGCUGAUCUGGCACAACGAAUCGACGACCCUAACUUGCCGGUUGAAAAGAACUCGGUGCUUGUUUUGAAAGGCAUUGGACCGAUUGGAAAUCCUGGAAUGCCUGAAGCCGGCUUGAUUCCGAUUCCGCGCAAGCUUGCAACGCAAAAUGUCAAGGACAUGUUGCGGCUCUCAGAUGGACGAAUGUCCGGAACAGCAGGUGGCACAAUAAUCCUCCAUAUCUCGCCCGAGUCUGCUUUGCCGGAGUCACCUUUUGGAGUGAUAGAAACCGGAGACCUGAUCACAUGCGAUGUAGCAAAUCAGAGGCUCCAUCUCGAAAUUCCCGACGAGCAGCUCAAGGCUCGUAUUGAUCUCCGGCGAAAGAUCCUCCUGGACGGCGACGGGCCAUGGGCGGAACGACGGCAAAGAAGGGGCUACCGUGGCUUGUACGAGCGAUCAGUAAAUCAAGCACAGGAAGGAGUAGAUUUUGAUUUCCUUACAGCAGCUGGGCCACCUAGCUAG